AUGGCAAAGCCCAAGGUGAAGGCGAGCAUCAAGGCGCAGAAGAAGAAGAAGAAGACGCCAGUGCAUCCAGAGUCGAGGAAAGCAAAGCGCAUGAACAAGCAGUACCUUCGCAAGGCCAAACUCACAGACCAACGACGAUCUGCCAACUUCAAGCAGUUCAAGAAAGGUAUCGACAUCCUGUGGUUCCGCCAACGCAUUUCGAACCACACGCGUGCCCUCACACAGGAUCAGCUCAGACAGCUCACACAAGAAUAUGUCAAGCGCUUUGAUGAUGAGAUUGCAGCACUCGAGCGGCAGAACAAAUCGAAGCACCGCCAGAUGAUGUUGAGUGAGCGCUCCUCGCACGAAAAGAGCCUGUUCCAAAGCACAUAUGGCAUCACCGUGCCUGAUCUUACCGACCCCGAGAACGUCCGCAAGCUAUUUUCCCAAGCAUUCUUUGCCCAGACUGCAACAUGA